UGUAGGGUGCCGGGGAACACGAACCUAUUAGGAGAGGUUGCGGAGGAAAACUGCCUUCCUGCAGGAGGGGCGAGAGUCUUGACUCCAGGAAUAAAAGCUGUGCCACGCGGCCCUUGAUUAUUCUGGAAAAGGCCUCGAGCCGUGCAUAAGUGAAAGAACGAAGAACGCUGACUGUAUAGCCGAGGCUGGCCUUGCACCUCAUCCUCAUCCUCCCGUGUGCUGGGAUCACAGACGUGUGCCACCACCCCCAGUAUCUGUGCUGCUGGGGACUAAACCCGUGUGCAUGAUAGGCGCCCUUCUACCUGGUUUCCGUAUGCUGUCAUCUGCACACCUGAUCCCUACAAGUGUGCGACGUGCCCAGUCGUGGAUCUGCAGCUCUUCUCGUUCCUUCAUGGAUCUGAAGGCUCUUCUCUCUUCCUUGAAUGACUUUGCAUCCCUCUCAUUUGCUGAGAGCUGGGACAAUGUGGGAUUACUGGUGGAGCCAAGCCCGCCCCAUACUGUCAAUACACUCUUCCUGACCAAUGACCUCACGGAGGAGGUCAUGGAGGAGGCUCUGCAAAGGAAGGCAGACCUCAUUCUCUCCUACCAUCCACCUGUCUUCCGGCCCAUGAAACACAUAACUUGGAACACCUGGAAGGAGCGCCUCGUGAUCCGGGCUCUGGAGAACAGAAUCGCCAUCUAUUCUCCCCACACAGCCUAUGAUGCCGCACCCCAGGGAGUGAACAGCUGGUUGGCCAAAGGGCUUGGAACUUGCACUACCAGACCCAUCCACCCUUCCAAAGCUCCAAACUACCCCACAGAGGGAACUCACCGACUAGAGUUCAGUGCGAACCACAGCCAAGACCUGGACAAAGUCAUGUCUGCAGUGAAAGGGGUUGGAGGUGUCUCUGUCACCUCUUUUCCUGCCAGGUGUGAUGGUGAAGAGCAAACACGAAUCAGUCUGAAUUGUACUCAGAAGGCUUUGAUGCAGGUGCUGGCUUUUCUUUCUCAGGACAGUCAACUUUAUCAGAAAACUGAAAUUCUUUCAUUGGAGAAGCCUUUGCUGCUGCACACUGGAAUGGGCCGGUUGUGCACACUGGAUGAAUCUGUCUCCCUGGCAACAAUGAUAGAGCGAAUCAAAAGACACCUAAAGCUGUCUCAUCUUCGCUUAGCACUUGGAGUGGGAAGGACCUUAGAGUCUCCAAUCAAAGUUGUGGCCCUGUGUGCUGGUUCUGGGGGCAGUGUUCUACAAGGAGUGGAGGCCGACCUUUACCUCACAGGUGAGAUGUCCCACCAUGAUGUUCUGGAUGCUGCUUCCAAGGGGAUAAAUGUCAUCCUUUGUGAACACAGCAACACUGAAAGAGGCUUCCUCUCUGAUCUUCAAGAGAUGCUGGGUGUUCACUUGGAGAAUAAGAUUAAUAUUAUCCUGUCUGAGACAGACAGGGACCCUCUCCAUGUGGUUUAAAAUGCAAGGAUGCCAUGAUGACAGAAGCCACAGAUCACCUGGAUUCAGACAGGACUAUGCAGGAGUUGGUGCACCACCCUUCUGCAAAACUGUAAUGGACUUCUCAUUUCAGUUCACUAAUCUGGCUCAACAAAUGUCACAGCUCCUAAGGUAAAACUGUGUGUAGAGAGUACAUUAAAGGCAAUCCUUCCUGUAAUUUUUGUUUUGCUUUUUGGUGGUGCAGGGAUUAAACUGGACACUUCAUGUGUUUACCACUCUAGUUGGCAGCAUGAACUUAAAGAGAGUGGGGCCUAAAAAUGAGGUGAACUGAUGUCUCAUGUAAUAGUCAAAUUUAUUCAGAGCAUCAAUUUAUACUCUGAGGAUUAAGAGUCACCUGAGUAAAGGUACAAUCACAAGGACAAGCCUCAUGCAGCAAAAAUAUGGUUUCCAUAGAGGUAUAUGAACAAGAAUAGCCAACUGUGGUGAAUAAUCUAAAGUGAACUCACUCCUAUCUGCUUGCUCUGCCUGGGAAGGGCAUGAAAGCACAUCCCAAGAACAAUUUUGUGUUGUUGAAGAAACUCUUGGUUUCCUCACAAACACUCAGAAUUCCCCCCACAGGACUCUACUAUUCUUGGACUAUGUUCUAGCUCUAUGAAUGGAAGGCAAGUGUUCUACCACUGAGCUCCAAACUCCUAAUAAAUGGUGUUAAGUGUUCAAAAUAUGACUAUGAUUACUACCUAGCAUUUUCUGCAGUCACUGUACGAGCCAGACUGGGGGGAAAGGGGAGUCCUGGAGAGAUGGCUCACCAGUUAAGAGCACCGAGUGCUUUUCCAGAGGUCCUGAGUUCAGUUCCCAGCAACCACAUGUAAUGGGAUCCAAUGCCCUCUUCUAGUGUGUGUGAAGACAGCUACAGUGUACUAAUGUACAUUAAAUAAA